UUCAUGUGUCCACACACCCGGCCCGCGCGUUCUGCCCUUAAAAAAGCGAACAAAAAUCUCGGGAUCCAUGUGGAUGCGGAUCCCACAGACGGUUUCGUCACACGUGGCUAUUUUCGUAAGCUUAGCUCCACUAUGUGGCGCCUCUUUCUGCUCCUCCACCAUCAAACUACCCAACUCCGUCUUCCUCCGCCGUGCUCCUCCCUCGUCGGCGUUCAAACUCAUUGCGGUAAGCCGCUAACAAUUCACCCACAUUGCUUGCAAUUCUCUUACUCAUUUCCAUUCAGUUUUUCUUCUCUUUUUUCCACUCGAAUUAUUUCCAUACGUUUUUUGCUUGCUAAAACUGGAAUUACGAUUUUUAUUGUAACCAUUCAUUACAGUGCAGUGAGUACUGAUUAGCGUGGUGAAUCCGAUCAUGUAUUCACUGACAAUACCAAACUGCGGAGGUCUCCACCGAUCACAAUUCGGUAGUUUCCCUCCGCCAUCGUCCCCUAUGGAGAAGCAACAGUCUCCGGAAUACUUCGUUUUCUCUUCGUUCUGGGGCAAAGAAUUGAAAUUGACCAAUGCCGAAUCGGUCUUUCAUCGCCGGUUUCCGGCGACUACUCGGAAGAGAACUUUCGCGGUUUCACCAUCGGCUUCUCUUUCCACGUUUAAGAUGAAUUUGAAUGAAUACAUGGUGACUCUCGACAAACCUCUCGGGAUUCGUUUCGCUCUCUCCGUUGACGGGAAAAUUUUCGUCCACUCACUCAAGAAAGGGGGAAAUGCUGAGAAAGCAAGGAUAAUAAUGGUUGGAGAUACUCUGAAGAAGGCUAGUGAAUCAUCAGGUGGGGGACUUAUUGAGAUCAAAGACUUGGGUGAUACAGAGAAAAUGAUGAAGGAAAGUUCAGGUUCUUGUAGCCUUGUUCUAGAGAGACCCUUCUCUCCUUUUCCAGUUCAUCAGUUAUUUCUGAUGACUGACCUUGAUAUCUUGUUCAACAGAGGUCGCGUCUCUCUUGCUACUUGGAAUAAAAAUGUGCUUUCUUCAAGCCUACGAACCUCUACGGAGGGCUCUGGGAAUUCUGGUUUUGUCACCUUUUCGUCCAAGUAUGUGAAUUCCCUGGGAUGGAAGUAUUUGAAUGAUCAAUAUAAAAUCAACCAGCCACAACUCGGGAGGAACAGUACGCCUCCUUCGCCUUUAAGUCCAGUUGUUACUAUUUUCUCAGUUGAUGAAUCAACAGAUGGUGAAUGGGCUCAUGGCAGUUUUCCUUUGGAUGAGUACGCUAAGGCAUUGGAUCGUUCCAAGGGAGAACUCUACUAUGAUCACUCUCUCGGUAUGCGAUACAGUAAGAUCACUGAACAGAUAUAUGUUGGAUCAUGUAUACAAGCUGAGGCUGAUGUUGAGAAUCUAUCCAAAGCUGCGGGGAUAACUGCAGUGUUGAAUCUCCAAAGUGGUAUUGAAGCAGAAAAUUGGGGAAUAAACUCAAAAAUAAUUAAUGAGACCUGCCAACGUUGUGAUAUUCUUAUGAUCAAUUAUCCAAUAAGGGAGGUGGAUUCCUUCGAUACAAGAAAGAAACUACCCUUCUGUGUUGGUCUUCUCCUACGCCUUCUCAAGAAAAACCAUCGUGUAUAUGUCACUUGCACCACUGGUUUUGAUCGAUCCGCAGCUUGUGUAGUUGCAUAUCUACACUGGAUGACGGACACUUCCCUUCACGCAGCCUACAAUUUUGUCACUGGUUUGCAUUCUUGCAAACCUGACAGGGCAGCGAUUGCUUGGGCAACGUGGGACUUAAUUGCAAAGGUGGAAAGUGGGAUACAUGAUGGACCAGCCACCCAUGCAGUGACCUUUGUGUGGAAUGGGCAUGAGGGGGAAGAUGUUCACUUGGUUGGUGAUUUUACUGGGAAUUGGAAAGAACCCAUUAAAGCAGUCCAUAAGGGUGGCCCAAGAUAUGAAGUCGAAAUUAGACUUCCGCAGGGAAAGUACUAUUAUAAGUAUGUCGUUGACGGUCAGUGGAGACAUUCCACAAGUUCACCCACUGAAAGGGACGAUAGGGGGAAUCUUAACAAUGUCAUAGAGAUUGGUGAUGUAGCUAGUGUCCGGCCUACUUCUCAACAACAAAAGAAGGAUGCAAAUAUUGUGAAGGUGAUUGAAAGGCCAUUGACUGAAAAUGAGCGGUUCAUGCUGGCUAAAGCAGCUAGAUGUGUUGCAUUCUCUGUCUGCCCCAUAAGAUUGGCCCCAAAGUAGUUGCUCAUUGACACCUUUGGCGUACAGCUCCCGUAGUUCAAGGCCCCAAGUUUCCACUUUCUACUGAGGUGUAAUUAAAAUGAGGAAAUCACCGAAUUUUUGUUUUUAAAAUUUUUCUUACUGAACUGGUACCUGGCGGUCAUGUGAAUAAAUAUUUAUCUAGAGCAAAAGAAAAUAAGGUGGAAAAGUAGUUGCAGCCUGCCGGUUUGGGAUGGAAUUCUUACGAGGGAGGUGAUCUUAUAGUUGUUAAUGCAGCUAGCGCAAGUUACUGCCCGCAUUCAGAUUGUAAGACUUUGGAUAUUCUACUUCCUAUUCCACAGGAAACUUGUGGAUUCAUGUACCAGAAAAUGGAAAUGAUUACUGCCUACCCUUAGUAUAAAUUUCCUAAGCUCCCAUCCUGCC